CGAGAACUCGUAUUUGACCGGUUUCUCCUCGUAUCUUUCUCUCUGUGUCGCCACUGCAUCUUGCAUCUUCGCAGCUCGGAAUACCGGCAGCGCAUUGCAGCUCAAGGUCACCGGCUGCCUCGCGUUUCGUACCUGCCAAUGCACCAACGUCUUGCUCCAUCUCAAGGCAACCUGUUUUGUGCAUAGUGCUGUGCAGUAUCUCUGGUUAUAUAUAACGUCUACCUCGUUCUCGAGCUUCUUUGCGCGAGCGGAGCUCACAUACCCAUUGGCGAAUGGAUUUCACCGAGAUCUAUAAACAAUCCACAUCACUUGUAGUUUUCUCUCCCGGCGCGCACUUCUUACUGACUGCGAUCCAAGACCACCUCAUCGUUCGCCGCUCCGACUCGUUCCAGAUUACACGCUCGUGGGCUCUCGAAGAUGCACCUUCCGCCACAAUGUCUCAGCUCAUGCAGUCCACUUCAAGCAAGCCACCCAGCAACAAAGUGGCGGCCAGCACCAGGAACAGACUGGCUGCCAGCAGAGGAGCAGCGGAAUCACUUGCGAGCUCGAUUGAGUCAAGCAUCACGCACGCGGGGUGGUCAAGUGAUUCGGAAUACAUCUUUGGCGCAUGCUCGAAGCGAGGUGUUGUCGAGGUAUUCAAGAUGCGCGACGAGGACUGGAGAGCGCGCAUCGAAACUGGUGCCGAGGGGCUUGUUAAGGCAGAAUGGGCCCCGGAUGGGCGUACGAUUGUUUGCUGGAGCGAGUGGGGGCUAAGGCUCACUCUAUGGUCGCUCGUGACCGGUUCUGCAACUUACAUCCAGUUUCCUGCGCAGAUCGAACGCGGGUAUGCGUUCCGUUCUGACGGACACUACCUCGUCCUUGCGGAACGGCACAAGUCGCGGGAUACUGUCGGUAUAUACGAUGCCGAGGCAGCGUAUCGUCUCGUCAGGCAUUUCCCCAUCCCCACGUCUUCGCUGUCCAUUCUGUCGCUAUCUCCCACGGGGAACUACAUAGCUGUGUGCGAAGGGCCUCUGGAGUUCAAAGUCCACGUCUUGAGCCUUGCUGGGAACUUGCAGGGGACGUUCGCCCCUGAACGCGACCCGGGGUUCGGUGUGCGUGCGACUGCGUGGCAUCCGGCCGGAUUAUUCCUUGCAGUACUCGGGUGGGAUGACAAGAUGCAUGUGCUGGAGAACCUAACAUGGGGUCCCAUCGCAGUGUUCGAGUUGCAGAGCAAGGUGCCCUCGGGUGUGACAAUCUGGCAUGAACCUGACAAAUGGCUAGAGGCAACGCACGGCCGUGGCUUCCUCUCAUACGAGCGCAUCCAAGCGCCACAUUCGCUAACCCUUUCUCCUCGCGACCGGUCAAAGCCCCCUCCAGAGCUCGGCACCGCAAAGGCAAAUCCAGGCGACUACCUCGCAUGGAACGCAGAUGGGUCAUACCUAAUGGUGCGCUACGCCGGCGCGCCGAACACAACCUGGCUUUACAAGUUUCCCGGGAUCAAGUCAUUGACAUCGGCUGCGUCGCGCGAAGGUGCCAAUUUGCGCCCCACGCUGCACACUGUGCUGGUGCAUGCGGCAGCGGUGGGCUGUGCGCAAUGGAAUCCUGUGCGGAAGGGAAGCUUGGCGAUGUGCACGGGCGGCGGCGCGGUCUAUCUGUGGAGUGACGAGUGGGUGAGCGAGGGACGGCGGGACGGAGACGCCGACGGGGGAGAGGCGGUUGCCGAGUGCGUCGGUGUGCCUGCGGAAAGGUUCUCGACACAUUCUAUCCGCUGGGCUCCGGAUGGACGGGGCCUCAUACUUCUUGACCGUGAUACGUUCUGCUGUGCCUUUGAGGUUGAGGACGCAGACAACCAAGAAGCAUGAACCGUUAGAGGGUUUUGUGGUUGUGAGGCUGAAAAAGGGUAUUUUCGGAUAAGCAGGUGACACGAUGGCAGCUACAAAGGAGAGUAUGUCAAAUGUAUGCUGUAGUGGCACUGAUGAAUGUCUGCAAUUGAAGAACCUCGCUACUCGACAAAAUAUGUGCCCCGGCCCCAUAGACGGCGGCAGAGCGCGACGCUCCGUAGCUAAAGAGCAUCCAAGUCGUGAAUAAGUACAGUUGGUAUAUGAUACGUCGGAUCCAGCCCGAA